ACUAUGGAGUCAUACAUACACUCGGUAAGAAAUAUCGAAAUACAGCACUGCAGAGAUAUAAUAGACUUUUAAAUUGUAUAUAUCUUCAUUGGAAACCAACUUUGACCGACUAAAACUUAGAAUCUACUUUUCUUUUUCUUUUUUUUUUUUCUUUUUAACAGCGCGCGUUGUCUCCCUAUUCCAAGGACUCAUCAAAUUAACGCGGUCCUUGUAUUUCCCAGUCAAGCCAAUAUUAUGUUUCUGCAGGAACUUGCAACACAGCUAAACUGAGACUCAAGCAUCCGUGCCCCAAUGUAUAUAAAUGGAGAAUUUCAGGACGACCCAGCGGGUGUUUUGCUAGAAUAAUCUGGUCAGACGCGCUGAUCGGUGGGAUGAAGGAUCGACUGAGAGAAUUAGCUGCUAGCAGGACCCAAGCAGAAGAGGAUGUUGCAGUCCCGGUGGACAGAGAUGGCUUCAUGGAGAGCUUUUUCAGAAGGGUGGAGGAAGUUAGGGGACUCAUUGAUAAGAUCUCCUACCAAGUGGAAGAGGUGAGGAAGAUACACAGCAUGAUCCUGUCUGCACCCAAUCCAGAUGACAGAACAAAGGAUGAACUCAACAGGUUGACCAACGAUAUCAAAGGGAAUGCCAAUGUUGUGCGAGCUAAACUAAAAUCUAUGGAGCAGAGUAUGCCCAAGGAUGACAUCGCCAAUAGAGCCUCAGUUGAUUUCCGGAUUCAGAAAACACAGCACACAGUUCUGUCCAGGAAGUUUGUGGAGGUCAUGACCCAGUACAACGAGACUCAAGUGUCCUUUAGGGAACGGAGCAAAGGAAGGAUCCAGAGACAGCUGGAGAUAACUGGAAGAGUGACCACCAAUGAAGAGCUGGAGGACAUGUUGGAAAGUGGAAAUCCAUCAAUCUUCACAUCUGAUAUCAUCUCCGAUUCCCAGAUCACACGACAGGCCUUGAAUGAGAUAGAGUCACGGCACCAGGACAUCAUUCGUCUGGAGUCCAGCAUCAGAGAGCUCCACACAAUGUUCAUGGACAUGGCAAUGCUGGUAGAGACUCAGGGUGAUAUGGUCAACAACAUUGAGAAGAAUGUCUCCAAUGCAGCUGAGUACAUCUGCCGUGCAAAAGAAGAGACCAAAAAAGCAGUGAGAUACCAGAAAAAAUCCCGCAGGAGAUACAUUAUCGUUGCCUUUGCUCUGUUGAUCCUGCUUGCUGUCAUUGCACUAAUUGUCGGGCUGUCUGUUGGACUAACCAAACCUCCUGUAUGAGACCUGCUAUGAUCAUUGCCUGAGAAACUUCUCUAUCUUGCCAUGUGUGGGGUAGCAAGUUUCAUCCUUCUGCUGAUCAUAUUAGUUGGAGUCUUUGAGUGAUGGAUUUCACCAUUCAAGACCUCGGGAACCUGACCUGGGAACCGGCUCACAAUAAGAUUGCCAUCCAAUAUCCACCAGCAUUACAGAGAGGAUCUCUUGACCACUACAAAUCAAGUAUGACGUGUGAUCUACCUGUCUUUAUACCAGUCAAUAUCAGACCUCAUGCUGCACAGUUUUGCUAGGCUACUUCCAGGGUAAUUCUACAUAGCCAGAUCACCCUGUUAGCACAUAUCCUUCACUGUCACUUGUGAUACAACGAGCACUGACAGCACAUCAAAGACAUACCCUGGUGUACACUCCUCACUGCUGCCAUGUUUUCAUGCUGCAACCGAAUAUCACUUCCAUACUUUGUCUCUGACGCGGUAACUCUUCACAUAAAACAGAAGUUGUAAUAAUUGUAAUUGUCGUUAUCAAAGAUCAGCUGUUGAAUUUGUGUUGACCUGUGUAAGUGUAUGUUUGUAUGUUCUACAUUAAAUUCAUGUGACACGAAUGUAAAACUGUAACACCACGGGACUCCUUUAAAAAUUGAAAAGUUUAAUGCAAUAAAUUUGUACCCACUGUAAGCAUUAAAGGUUAUGCGUUAAAACCUGCAGGGAAAAAAUGAUCAAUCAAAUUGAGUUCAUCACUUGAUUAAUACUGUUAAAUCAAAAGCUACUGCACAAUUAUUAUUAUUAUAAUUAUUAUUAUUGUUAUUACUGUUGUUAUUGUUGUUGCUAUUAUUAUUUCAAAAUUUAAACACUGUCUGACCCCCAAAGUGCCUUUGUGACAUUUGAUAUGAAGCCUUAAUUUAUUUCACUGUAUCACAAUCACAGUGUGUGAUGACUGGAAUAUACGGAUUGUGUAAAAGUCACACUACUUUAGGACCACUGGCUGAUGUUAUUUCAAGAGCACACAUUUUAUUGUUUUGAU